AUGCCGGAGGGCCCGUCGGUGCGGGAGUUCCAUGGGCGGUGUUGCCGGCAGCUGGGGGCCGCUGUGCUGCGGGCGGCGGGGGGAACCCGCCAGGUGUCCGUGCAGCGGCUAGAGGGGCGGCAGCUGCAGCAAUGUCAGGUCAGUCCACACACCCCCAUAGACGCUCCCCUUCUACCCCCCUCACCCUCGCCACCCCGCCCAGGACAACCACAUUGUGUCUUUCCGCAGGUCCAUGGCAAGUGCCUGUACCUGGGCUUCGGAGACGUGAGGGGAGCGGACACGGGAUGUCCCGGCAGCAGCGGGGGGUCCGGGGACGGGGCCGGCUCCGGGGGGGACACAGCCCGGGAUCCCCGUCUCUGGAUCCGCUUCCACUUCGGUUUGUUCGGCAGGGUCCGGUGGGACGGGCUGGCCCGGGCAAAGCGGCCCAACAAGCGGGGAGACUGGGCAGACCCGGUCCCCAGGCUGCUGCUCCACUUCCCCGGUGGGCACCUGCUGGCCUUCUACAGCUGCCGGCUGUGUGAGUGUGGGUGUCCGCGCCCCGACCCCAGCACCGACAUCCUGGAGCCCCGCUUCAACACCGACCAAGCUCUCCUCGCCCUGAAGGCCGCUCGGCCCAUUGGCUGCAUCCUGCUAGACCAGCGACACUUCUCCGGGCUGGGGAACAUCAUUAAGAACGAGGCGCUGUACCUGUGUGGGAUCCACCCGUGGUGUCUGGGCUCCCAGCUGGCUGCAGACACACAGAGGCAACUCCUCCAGCGGCUGCUGCACUUCACCCACGACUGGCUGGAUCGCAAGCGACGGCGGCAGCGGCUGCAGCAUCACAUCUACCAGAGGGCCCGCUGCCCACGGGGCCACACCGUGCAGCGGGCACAGCUCGGACCCCCAGGGGGACUCAGCAGACCCACCUGGUGGUGCCCUGUCUGCCAGCCCUUGGUGCCAGGGCCCCUGGGCUAGUGUGUGUGUGAGUGCAGGCGUGCCAGUGCCAGGGCUCCUGGGCUAGUGUGCAUUUGUGUGUGUGGGAGUGAGAGGGACCAUGGUCUAGUGUGUGUGUGUCCACAGUACCAGCACCCCAGGGUGGGGGUGGGUGUGUUGCACGGUGUGUUGGGGAUGAUUCCCGAUGCCAGGCUGGGUGCACAGCGGGAUGUCACUUAUAAAUAAAGAGA